AUGAAGAGUUCCCCUGAUCUCAUGCCCACUGAGCUGGACCCUACCCGUGUUUGCAAGGGCAAGGGUGCUGUUACUUUGAGGGCCACACUAGUGCAUAUCGAUGAUGAGGACGGCACAAGCCAAGAGCUAUCCAAGAACUCUGCCAAAAGUGGAUGGCUUGGUGCGGUCAAUGGAGAUGCCACAGAAACAAGUCUGGCAGAGAAACGUGUAAACAACACCGGAGCUGAUUUAAAUUCAACUCAAGUCAAUGAGACACCAAGAAAGGUGAACUCACUUGUAAGUGAGGGUCAGUCUCAGCUCACGUCCUGCCUUGAUCAGCUGAGUGCUAUUACUUCAUCAGCCAAAGUGUCCUCUUCAUAUCCCCCCACCAGCAGCGUCAACCCAACAAUUGUCCUGCCGCAGCACAGCAGAGAUGAUAGGCCGUCAUAUUCUGGUGAGGAUGUGCGGGCAGUCCCUCGUUCCAAGAGUGCUGUAGACAUGGGGAGCUCCAGAGGACAGCUGCCUGUGCCAACACGCACAUCUUCCCUAAAACCUCAGAGGAAUGAGUGGGAGCCCCCUGACAAGAAAGUAGACACCAGGAAGUACCGCGCUGAGCCCAAGAGCAUAUUUGAGUACGAGCCAGGAAAGUCCUCAGUGCUGAAGCUAGAGAGACCGACUCAGGACAUAAGUCCAGAAGAUGUAGAUUUAGAGAAUGAGCCUUGGUAUAGGUUCUUUUCUGAAAUGGAGUUUGGCAAAGCGAGUGCCCCCUCUUUCAGCCCCUUGGAAACAUCUUCUGACCUACAGCAAUACUCAGCCUCUAAAGCAGGCAACGGUGAAGUGGAGAAGAAGGACAGCUUGUCUGCCAGUGGGCAGGCAGUUCCGGAAUAUGAUCGGCACAUUUACAAGAGUGUCCUGGAGGGCGGCGACAUCCCACUGCAGGGCCUGAAAGCGCUUAACAAGCACCACCCCAGUACUUCUUCUAAAGUGGAUUAUAAAGGUGGGAAUGGCUGUAUGAUUUCACCUUGCUCUUCUGUAAAUGCUCACUCAGUUCAUGCCACUAAUGCACUAGUUUUUCAAUAUAAGACUAAAAAGUGCUUGUCCGCUGCCAAAGCCUGCAUCCCUCAAAUCCUUCCCUCUAAGUUUAAGCCCAGGCUAUCGCCCUCUACCGAUAAGAGCCUGGAAAGACGAACCGAGCCGACACAACAGCGGCCUAAGGCACACAGCUGCGAGGAUUUGCAUCAGGAGGCUUGUGGCUCACACAAUGGAGAUACGACAGAUGCCGAUCACAGGUUAAAUUCAGCUUGCAAGUGCAAUGGUUCACCAGAGAGCAGGAACCUGCAUAAAAAUGUGCCUGUUGUGGGAUCUGUGAGGAGCACAACCGAGUUCUCCACCCUCUAUCGGAACAUGCACAACAUUCAGAGGCCGAGCUCCCUGGGCUCCAGCCCCCACGGUAGUGUCCGUUGCCUGGCUUCCUUUUUUGAGAAGCCGGGGGACAACAUUACCCUGGAAAGGACUGAGAUCAUGCCCCGGGAUGCUGUCACGUUUCGGGUGAUGGAGUUUGAGCGUAUCAUUCAGUGUUCGAACUCUGCGCCCACUCGUUCUGCCUCGAUGCCCAUACUCCCUAGUAACCCAAGUCCUUCCCACAUUCCUACAACGACCUGCUUCCUCCAGUCUGCUCUGUCAGCUGAGACUCUAGUCUUGCCAGGGCCUGCAAACACUGAGGACUGUCCAGCCAUGAAUACAGAGGCCCAGACCCCCAAAGAGGAAGCUUCUGUAUUGUACGAGUGUCCGAACACCUCAAGAACUGACUUCCCUUUGGAUCUAAAUGAGGGCAAAUCAGAAGAGGAAAACAGUUGCAUUCAUGAUCCUGCCAAAGAGACGCCCUCUGGCGGUACCUCAGAACCCACAGGUCACCAUCACCAUGACCAUAAUCACUUCCCCUUCCACACCAAACAAAGCAAGUGUAAAGGCACCUGCCCAGCUUCCUACACACGUUUCACCACAAUCCUCAGGCACGAGCGCCAACAGGCCAACACCCAGCAGCAGGAGAAGAAGUGCACUCCCCCAAGGAACUUGCUUCUUAUGGGACCAGCCCCUUUCUGCUUAAGGAGGUCCCUACACAGUCAGCAGGCCAAAAAGACUUGUGCACUCUCUACUAUGAAGCCCAUGACCGGAGAUCUCAUCUCGGCCAAGCUGAAGCCUAUGAUUCCCCAGCGCUUGUCCUCUUUAGAGGUGCUGGAGAGGCUCAGUAAUGGAGAGAGCUCUCCCUGUGAGGGGUGCAACUCGGAUGACCUCAUGGAUGUGGAGGGCUCAGAAGCCAGUAAAGAUCACUCUGAAGAAUCCGAUUCCUCACAUCCAUUAAGCCAAGGAGAUCAUGGAAAAAACUCAGACGAGGCAGUCCGGAAACGCUACGGAGAUAAAGAGAAAAUUCUGGAAGAGCAGAGACGGUUAAAGCGAGAGCAGGAAGAGGCAGACACAGCUGCUCGGAGACAUGCUGGGCUGGUUGUGACUCACCAACAGUUCAUUACUAAUGACCGCUUCGGCGACCUGCUGGUUAUUAAUGAGAAAGAGAAGAGAAAAACCAUAGAGAGGAUUCCUGCUCUGGCACGAUUUGACUUCAGAGCAGAAAGUUUAAAGGAACUACCAUUUCAAAAGGGAGAUAUUGUAUACAUCUACCGGCAGGUUGAUCAGAACUGGUUUGAGGGAGAGCAUCAUGGGAGAGUUGGGAUUUUUCCACACAGCUACGUUGAGCUCUUGCCCCCUACAGAAAAGGCUCAGCCCAAAAAGAGUGCUCCGGUCCAGGUGUUGGAAUAUGGAGAGGCUAUUGCUCGGUUCAAUUUCACUGGUGACACUGCUGUUGAAAUGUCUUUCAGAAAGGGGGAGCGUAUUACACUGAUUCGCAGAGUAGAUGAGAACUGGUAUGAAGGCAAAAUUUCUGGCACUAACCGGCAGGGUAUCUUCCCUGUUACCUACAUAGAGGUGCACAAGAGACCCCGAGUGAAAAAUGGAGUGGACUACCCUGAUCCCCCUAUCAGCCAGUCACCUCAUCGGAGCACUAAUGCUUCUCCACAGCCUAUUCGUAAUCGGCUCACCACCUCCCCUCUCCCUCUCCCGCGGUCUCCCCGCCGCUCGAUCUCCCCUGAAGUCCACGCUGUCUCCAAUGAGUGGAUUUCGCUCACUGUGGGCGGAGUCAGCAGCAGCCCCCCCACCGCACCCACUCCACCCCUCCCCCCUCUGCCAAGCACUUCAUACCGCUUGGGUGAAUAUCUGCCCCCUUCCAUGUCAGCCAGUCCCGUGCCUCCCAUCAGCGGCAGCCCCUACUGCGUCUCCCCCAUGGCUUCUCCCUCCACAUCUCCUUUACCUCCACCCUAUCCGCCCCGCCCCUGCUCGGCCACCCCGUUCCUCACCUUCACUCCACCUCAAGGCGAGGACUUCCUUCUUUCUCCACCCUCUCCCCGCCUGUCCCGCAGCCUGAGUCCCUGUGGGGGUGCUGGGCUUGAGGGCUGGCUUACUGGGGGCAACAGGCUGGAUCAGGAGUUUCAGGAAGGGGAUGGGGCUGAAAUAGACAGGGCUGGCAGCCUCCGCAAGGCUCCUUACAGCAGGAACAAUAGCCCAGCAGAGCCAUUAAGAAAUGAUGUAGAAUAUUAUGGGCGAUUUUCAAGAAGUCCUGUCAUGCUGUUUGACAUCCAAGACAACAACAUGAAUGCCAAUUCAUUCACGGAGGCAGUGUGCAAUGAGAUCAUGAAUAUUGCAGAAACCUCAGUGAGGUACUGCAGCACUUUGUCACGCCCUAUAGACUCCGCCCACCGACUCCUGCCUCCUCCCAGUAAAAACUCUCUCAUCAUUUCCCAGCAACCCCUGUCCCAGAGCAGCAGUCCUGAGCCUGGACGCACGAGCUGUGGGAUGUUCCAGGCUCUGUACAAUUACAUGCCUCAGAAUGAGGACGAGUUGGAGCUGCAGGAAGGAGACCUGGUCAGUGUCAUGGAGAAAUGUGAUGAUGGCUGGUUUGUGGGUACAUCCAAGAGGACAAAACAGUUCGGCACUUUCCCAGGAAAUUAUGUGAAAGCUGUUCAUUUGUGACAUGAUACAUUUGAAGAAAUGACGGUUUGUAUGAAGAGAUUCUAACUAUGCUUAAGCGGCUUGAUCCGUUUGGGACACUCUACCUGUUGGCGUCAAAUGAAGACUUUUUCUCCCUCCAAAAUUUGGUCUUUCCCAGAUGAAUGUCCAGGUAUGUGAUCAGUUAGGUGUGCGGCAUGUCAGCAAAGAACAUGCAGUUCAACUGUACUACAGUGGCAGCAUUUGUUGAAGGAUUUAGAAGAAUGCUUUUUGAAAAUACUCAGACUCAGCUAUAAGCCAUUAAUAUAAAAUAUAUCAGACUUGGAAAAGGUGUUUAAGUUUACAGCUGUGAAUUGUAUUGAAGUACAACUUCAUCACAUACCUGACAUUACUGAAAAACAUGAAAUUCUACCAUUUAUUUUUGCUAUAAAUAUUUGAUGGACUUGGAGUGUUACCAUUAGAGAUGACAGUGUAUUGAAAGCACCUGAAGAUGUCUGUAUUAAGGGUUAAUGGUCAGAGAAGCUGUAAAA